GGGCAUUCUGAGACUUAGCUGCACGUUGUUAUUCUUCCAGGCGCCGUCAUCAUCAACAACAGUCACCAUGGUUCACGAAGUGGAAAGUAUGGCCGACUUCAACAAAUGUCUGCAGGAAGCUGGAGACAAGCUGGUGGUGGUGGACUUCACAGCCACGUGGUGUGGCCCCUGCAAACAGAUCGGCCCAGAGUUUGUUAAAUUGGCAGGAUUGCCUGAAAACGCUAACGUGGUUUUCCUGAAGGUGGACGUGGAUGAGGCUGAGGACGUGAGCGCUCAGUGCGGAAUCAAAUGCAUGCCCACAUUCUACUUUUACAAGAACGGAAAAAAGGUGGACGAGUUCUCCGGUGCUAACCCACAAACCCUGAAAGAGAAAGUGGAAGCUCUGAGAUAAUGAGUCCCAUCGACCAAUCCGCUCGCACCCACGCUGUACAAAACUACAAUAGAAGCUGUUACCCUCCUGUACAUGCCCAAGAAGGAAUUCCAGUUUCCCUUUCAUUUCCAAUAACUAUCAGGUCUUGUGUCCCGCGCAGGCAAUAAUUUAUUCCACUCAUCACGUAAGGGUGACAUAGUCCUGUUAGUUCAGUGUGUAGUGUCUUAACAGCGGGCUGAAAUCUAAUUCCAACUGGACGACCACUUUUAAUUCUGUCUUGAGUAAUCUGCUUUAUUCCUGACAACUCCUCAACUUCUUUGUACGUUAUGUAUUCAAAAAGGUGGAUUUAAUAAAAUGCUAAAUUCCAGAAA